GCGAAGUUACCACCACUACCACACAUCCAGUGCUAAGCGCAAGUGAGAUAGGGCUCUGCUUCGUUCAUCACAGGCUCGCACACCCUGUCAUCUCCAGCCAUUCAUUCUGCCCUCCCUCGCUUCGGCGCACGCUGCAUUCCUCCGGUAGUUUUUGGAUAGCGCAUAGCGAUGUUUCUCUGCAGAACGGCCUGGCAAAGAUGUGGGCAUUUGGCAAGGAAGUCAGCCUACCAGUUAUCUAGAGAUGUACUGCCACGGCGACAGAUGUCGUCGCUCCCCGGUGGUACUGGUGAUAACAUCAUCUACGCCCUGCUGUGUGGUGGGGGCUUUGCUGGAGCUGUCGCCUAUACAUACAGCACUGUGACCACAGACCACGCCAGAUUCACCGACCGUAUAGCGGAUAUCAACGCUCGUCCCAAGACCGAGUGGGUUCCCAAACCAUGGCCCCCCAAGAGCAGGGAUGAGGAAGAGGAGGGUGAGGAAGCAGUAGCCGAUGGAGAGGAGGAAGCAGAGGAGGCGGCGGCUGGAGAGGAGGCUGCAGCUGAAGAGGCUGUGGAAGCGGAAAACAUAGCAGAACCUGCUGAAGAGGCCGAGGCAGUCUCUGAAGAACCUGCUGUGGAGGCAGCAGUAGAGGAAGUGGCUGUAGUAGAAGCAGAGACUGUGGUGGAGGAGAUCGCCGAGGCUGCUGAAGUCAUCGCCGAGGUCGCUGAAGAGGUCGUUGAGGUGGCCAAGGAAGUAGAGGCGGCAGCAGAGGAAGUGGUCAUAGUGGCCGAGGCCGUGGAGGAUGCUGCAGAGGCCAUUGCCGUGCCCGCCAUCGCCGAGGAAGCAGUUGCUGUGGCAGAGCCAGAGAGCAAUGUGGCACCAGUCACUAUGGCAGCAGCCUCUGCUUUGGCGGUGACAACAGUCGCUGAAGUAGUUUUAGAAGUCAAGGAGGCUGCCUCCGUGGAGGCCCCAGCUGCAGAAGAAGCCGCUCCAGUCGAGGCCGCACCCAUAGAAGAGGCUCCUACUGCAGUCGAAGAAGCUCCAAUUGAGGCUGCCGCAGCAGAGAUUGUGGAGGGAGACCCUGCACUUGUGGAGGCAGACGCUGCACAUGCGGUGGAGGCAGACGCUGCACAUGCGGUGGAGGCAGACGCUGCACAUGCGGUGGAGGCAGACGCUGCACAUGCGGUGGAGGCAGACGCUGCACAUGCGGUGGAGGCAGACGCUGCACAUGCGGUGGAGGCAGACGCUGCACAUGCGGUGGAGGCAGACGCUGCACAUGCGGUGGAGGCAGACGCUGCACAUGCGGUGGAGGCAGACGCUGCACCUGCGGUGGAGGCAGACGCUGCACCUGCGGUGGAGGCAGACGCUGCACCUGCGGUGGAGGCAGACGCUGCACCUGCGGUGGAGGCAGACGCUGCACCUGCGGUGGAGGCAGACGCUGCACCUGCGGUGGAAGAGGCGCCAGCUGCAGAAGAAGCCGCUCCAGUCGAGGCCGCACCCAUAGAAGAGGCUCCUACUGCAGUCGAAGAAGCUCCAAUUGAGGCUGCCGCAGCAGAGAUUGUGGAGGGAGACCCUGCACUUGUGGAGGCAGACGCUGCACAUGCGGUGGAGGCAGACGCUGCACAUGCGGUGGAGGCAGACGCUGCACAUGCGGUGGAGGCAGACGCUGCACAUGCGGUGGAGGCAGAUGCUGCACCUGCGGUGGAGGCAGACACUGCACCUGCGGUGGAGGCAAACGCUGCACCUGCGGUGGAGGCAAACGCUGCACCUGCGGUGGAGGCAGACGCUGCACCUGCGGUGGAAGAGGCGCCAGCGGCUAAGGAGUACAUUGUCGUGGUGCUGGAGGGAGCGAGCAAGUCAGACAAGAGGCCCAAAGUCCUGGGGGUUGGCCCCAUGACCGGCAGGAUUAUCCCAGACGAAGACGAGGCCCCUGCUGCUGAGGUAACAGGGCAAGCGACGGCUGCUUAGGAUGCAGAUGCAGUUGAACCAACUGACAGUAAGCACUUGGAGCCCCUGGAUGAUAUAUCAACCCUGAGGAAGACAAGGGAUGUGCCUUCCCCCACACUUUAACCCUUCCACACACUUUGACCCCUAACCCCUGACAGUCUACCCUUGAUUUUUAUCUGUAGUAUAAAACUUUUCUCCCCGUCUUGCAUCAGGGAAUUGUCUGUGUAUAUGUUCAGAUAAUGCCUGCUUUAUGGAAACAAACAUCUGAUAUGUUAUUCUAAUGUACUCCACCUGUUCCAAGAAGAGGUACAUUUUCCUAUAGUAUCACAUCGGAGCUGUUUAGAAAUGGUCCAUCUAUAUAGGCUUCACAACCGAACCUGUGACAAUGCAGAUAGUCAGUCAUAUAGUACAAUACAUUACUCUUCUCACCUUUUUAGAUGCGCACAGUCACAAAACACCUGGGAGUUUACUACUGGUUCAUCUGCACAACCUUUAAAAGGAGACUGUCUUUCUCUCAAUGGGAGUUCUAUUUUCUUAGUUUUCAGUAUGGUUGCAGCUGUGAAGGCUAAAGAUACUCUCACAGCAUAGUAUGUCAUAGUUUACUUCACCCAAGAAACCUCACACUAGACUCACUCCAAUGGUGUUUUCUGAUUCUCACCAUCCAAGGCAAUACUACACAUUUGAUGCUCAGCCAGCAAUUGCCUCAUGGCCGGGUAGGAAUGUGACCAGCAUUAUUUAACUAUCCUCAUGUUUUAACUCUUUGGGCUGAUUCCAAUGUGAACAUCACAAGUAUUUAACUCAAAGGGAAUGCGAUCAGACUGCUUUUGGAAAUCACUCUAUUUCCGAGUCACUGACUUGUUUUUGGGAGACCAGAUCAAUUAGGUUACCUUACCACCUCAGUAUUCCUCCAGCUUGUGAUCCACAGACCUUUUAUUAAUGCAGUAUUAUAGUUGAACAAACCUUCUCAGUUGCAUGCCAGACAUGUGAUUCAUAUUGGGAAAUUAGCAUAACAACGAAUCAGUCAGGUUUUUACAGUCGGUGUGAUCUCUUCAAGCUAGACUCCGUUGCGUAGUCCAUGAUGUUGCUCUUCAUGAUUUCAUAAGGCAGACAUUUUCCUCUCUCUUUUUACUUUCUCCCUCCCCCUCUGUUGUAGAGCCUUUCUCUUCUCAGCACCAUGGCUAUUGUAUACACAGCUGUUAGAUAGUCCAUUUAUUUAAGUGACCCUCUAUAGCUUAUUGUGGUGAAAAGCUGUAUCUGAAAUAGGAAAAGCCAUGAUUUGAGUGUAUAGCAUGUUUUCCUAGGCUGGUAUAAACAGUUGAGUGUUGUGCUUGUUACCAUAUGAAAGCAGAAUUUUUAAAAACUCAGGCUUGUGUGGUGGCAUACGUUAAUUCAGUGCUUGAUAUGGCUCAGUAAGUGUUUUUAAAGUUUGUUUCUGCUUUUCAAAUUAGAUGACUUUCUAGUUAGUUUAGAUUCAUAAAUACAUGUUCAUAACUUUGUCAGAACCAGUUAAAAUAAUCAGCAGGCCAUACAAGGCUUUCACUGUAGACAUACUCUACAUAUUUGUAGUAGGACUAGUUCUCUUCUCACUUUCCUCACAUAUUAUAUUUUAUUUUUGAUAUAUUAGGCAUAUUUGAAACGGUACCGAGACCGUUGAUAAGAAGUGAAUGUAGGAUAAUUCCUAAUUAAGGAGUGGGAUAAUUCAGUGUGUUUGUCCUAAUGUUUGCAGGCUGGGUUUGAAUGGGCCAUAUAGUGGCUUGUCCUGUGAGUGGAUGGCUUCACACUGUACAUCUGGCCUAGCAUGGGCUACAAACUGUGACUAUUUGAAACAUUGCUGUUUUUCUGAAAUAAAGGAAUAUUUCAGUUUUG